ACCUUCUUUUCCCCCUUCUACCUUUAUUCUUCUCCCUCACCACAGAAGGUUUUUGGAGGAAAAUUCAAGAAAAUCAUUUCUACGCAGCCGACGCACAUGUUCUCAGCCAUUCUCUUCCCCCGAGUUAUCUCUUGAGGUUGUUGGUUCAGGCUCUCGAAUUCCUGCUAUCUUCAAGAUCUUGACCGAGUUCUUUGGAAAGGAGCCCAGGGGCCCAGGCGUACAGUGAACGUGACGAGUGUGUUGCCAAAUGCUUUGCUUUAGAAUGUGCCAUUCUUAGUCCCACAUUUAAAGUACAAGAAUCCCAGCUACUGGUUCUUAUUGUUAAUUGAUAGUUCUUCCUAUAGGUUCACUUGAUGCCAUGCCCUUUGAAUUUGGAUGUAGAAACACAAAUUUUAUAUGGGGCCUGACUGCAGUAUAAGUCAGUUUUGAUCUUUAGCUUCUUAUUCUGUUGAGCCAAAUGCUAUAUACCUUUUAUUUUUAUUUUUUUUUGUUCUAUUUUAUUUGUACAUUGAACAAAUCUUACAAGCUGAUUCUUUUGGUAAAAACAUAGGAAAUCUCACAUCUCUAUUGUUCUUAGUCAUAGUAAAAUUUAGCAUACCCCUAUCAAAAGAGGGGGGAGUUAAAUUUAGCAUACCAUGAUUUCCUCUGGAAAUAAAAUUUUUUUAGUUCUGUAAUAUGUGAACAGUAGUCCAUGACAGUGAUUGGUUUAUUGAGGAAGGAUAAUGCUAGGUUAAUGACUUAGAGUUAGCAAUUUUACUGCACUGCGAUUAAUCAUUGGUAUCUUGAAAUAUCAUUGGGCAAGGAGGUUAAAAAAAAAAAUUGAGUAGGAGUAUACUUGUUGUUUUUCCAUUUUCCUACAUUUGAGGCAGAAAGGCUGACCAUGGAUUUCUUCUUUCUUUUUUCCUGAUUUAUCGAUUGCAUUUGCCAUGGCUUUUCUUAGUUUUCCUUCUUCUAUAGAGUAUUUGUUUUCUUGCAUGCUUAGUUGGAUAGAGGACGGGCAAUUAUGUCUAUGAACAUUUGCCUCCUAUUCUAUUACGAAUGUACCUUUUAUUGGAAAUAAAAUACUCCACGACAUCCAUUCUAAGAUUUGCUCGACCUACUGAUUUGAAGGUCAACAAGAUCUUCCCAUUCCCCAUUGCUUUGUCAUGGUGCAGAUACUCGGAAUGGAGCUCUGGAAAAUCAAGAGACAACAUUGUACCAUCGUGUUUCCCAAGGGUAAUCCAAUACCUAGUGUUAAAGCUCUAACAUUCUACAGAUCUAGCACUUUUGUGGUUGAUGUGCAAUAUGCUGGUGUUAGUGAGUUGAAGGCACCAGCAAAGAUCAGCACUUACACAAUAAUCUAUUUGUGUGCUUCGGUCACUCAUGUCACUGAAAGUAUUGUCGCUCGUUGGAAAAUCUUUUUUUUUUCUAAUCCGAUGCACAGAUUGGACCAUUAGAAUCCACAAAGGGUGAACAAGCAAAAUUAAAGGUCAAAGUAUGCCUAAAUCUGGAUGCUUUUGGAAGAGGAGGUGGAAGUUCUGGUUGUAAAAGAGUCAACAAAGGAAUCUACCAAGAUGGAAACACAUGAGACUUCUGUAGAUCCUGCUCCAUCAAGUACUACUGAAACUAAGAUCAGCAUGCAAGAUGCUAAGGCUCUGUGGAUGUCUCUGAGGCUGAAAAUGGUGUCAAAUGACUCAGAGGAUAAGCCCAGCCAGAUGGAAACAAAUGCAAAGGCAAAGCCUUCGAAGAAAAAGGUUAAGAAAACAAGUGUCCCUAUGUCAAAAUUGGUGUAUGGAGGAAUGGCUAUUGUCGAUAUGAAAAAAUCCAUGGAGAAGGAAUUUGUGAUGGCUUUACAAGAUCGAGUUAUGGAAGAAACAAAAGAUAGGAAGAAUGCUGUUGAGGCUUAUGUAACGCCCCGAAUUCUCGGAAACCGAAGCGUUAAAAUAAUAUUCGUUUCUUUUUUUGGUUCGACCCCUUUGACGCUAGUCAAAGUAUUUUAUAAAUCCAAUUUUUUUUUAAAUAUAUAAAAAUAUAAUGGAAGGUAGUUAUCUAUAUAAUUUAGGCAAAUGUAGCAAAAUUUGAUUUUGUAAAAGAUUUGAAGACAA